GAAUAUUUCGCCCUUUUUCUCUCUCAUUGUGAAAGGAGAAAACAACCCGCCACUAGCGUCUUCUUCUUCUUCUAUAUAUAACGUGGAAACGGCGGAAGAAAUACAUCCUCCAUUUCGUUCUCUAGGUUGAAGGAAGAGAGUACAGGCUGACUGGCAGACGGAAGAUGAAGAUAGAAGAAGUUCAAUCACAAACGAAGAAACAGAGGAUAGCCACUCAUACUCAUAUCAAAGGCCUCGGUCUUGAUGUCAAUGGAAGAUCUAUCCCUUUGGCUGCUGGAUUUGUUGGUCAGGCAGCUGCCAGAGAAGCUUCUGGUCUGGUAGUGGACAUGAUUCGUCAAAAGAAAAUGGCUGGACGAGCACUUCUAUUUGCUGGACCUCCAGCUACUGGUAAAACGGCUCUUGCCCUUGGUAUAUCUCAGGAACUUGGGAGUAAGGUUCCAUUCUGCCCAAUGGUUGGAUCUGAAGUAUAUUCCUCUGAAGUCAAGAAAACAGAGGUGUUAAUGGAAAAUUUCAGAAGGGCAAUAGGUUUACGUAUGAAAGAAAAUAAAGAAGUGUAUGAAGGAGAGGUGACUGAACUCUCUCCCGAAGAGGGAGACAGCUUAACAGGUGGAUAUGGUAAAAGUAUAAGUCAUGUUAUCAUUGGGUUAAAAACUGUCAAGGGAACUAAGCAACUGAAGCUUGAUCCAACCAUAUAUGAUGCCUUGAUCAAGGAAAAGGUGGCUGUUGGUGAUGUCAUAUACAUUGAGGCCAACAGUGGGGCAGUUAAAAGAGUUGGAAGAAGUGAUGCUUUUGCUACAGAAUUUGAUCUUGAGGCAGAAGAGUAUGUUCCACUACCUAAGGGAGAAGUUCACAAAAAGAAGGAGAUAGUUCAGGAUGUAACACUGCAUGAUCUGGAUGCUGCAAAUGCUCGUCCUCAAGGGGGACAAGAUAUUUUAUCCUUAAUGGGGCAGAUGAUGAAACCUAGGAAAACAGAGAUUACGGAUAAGUUAAGACAAGAAAUAAACAAGGUUGUUAACCGUUACAUUGAUGAAGGUGUUGCAGAACUUGUACCCGGUGUUUUAUUUAUUGACGAGGUACACAUGUUGGAUAUAGAGUGUUUUUCGUACUUAAAUCGUGCUCUUGAGAGCUCACUUUCACCUAUAGUAAUUUUUGCUACAAAUAGAGGAAUAUGUAAUGUGAGGGGAACAGACAUGUUGAGUCCUCAUGGAAUUCCUGUGGACUUGUUAGACCGAGUGGUAAUUAUAAGGACAGAAACAUAUGGUCCGGCUGAAAUGAUACAGAUUCUUGCUAUUCGGGCACAAGUUGAGGAACUUGUAGUGGAUGAAGAGAGCCUAGCUUACCUUGGAGAGAUUGGACAAUCAGCAUCCUUAAGGCAUGCAGUACAGCUCUUAUCACCGGCAAGUGUUGUGGCUAAAAUGAAUGGCCGGGAUUGUAUUUGCAAGGCAGAUGUUGUGGAGGCGAGUUCUCUUUACCUGGAUGCAAAGUCUUCGGCAAGGCUUCUUCAGGAGCAUCAGGAUAGAUAUAUAACCUGAUAUUGCUUGUUUCAUUUUGCGACAUCGAAAGCUAUUAUUCGUUUAAUUUUAUAACCCAGUUUGAAUCUCUCUUCGUUUGUUUUGUCUGGGUGGCCUUUUCGAAUUGUUGAGUAACUAAUGUUGUUAAGGACUCUGAUUUUAGAUAACAUUUGCACUAUGCUCUGUCUGCUUGUUAAGAAACCUUUUCGAUUUUGUUUUACUUAUUGCUAGGUCUGAUUACUUUCAAGAGUUCUU